AUGAAAGACAUCGCGGACAUUCCCAGCGCUCCCAAAGUGACUCCAUCGUUCAUAACCAGCGACUACAAGAUCAAAGAAUACAUCGCCAGGCAGUGCUGCGACCGUAUCGAGGACCUACUGCGAAGUACUUACGACGAAGAGGCACCAGCAGUCAUCGCUUCCCAGAAGUGCUCCCAGGGCACGCAGACCCUGAGGUCGAGUGGGAAAAAAGGAUCUAAGGACAAGGAGAAAGUGAUUCAUUUGUGA